UCCUUCUGUCGCUUCUGACUAUAGGGACAGAAUUUCUUGCAGAGAAAAAACAAUGUGGAGAUUUUGUGGUGGGUUUUAUUUUAUUUAAAAUCUUUUCCCAGAUGUGAAGAUGGCAAUACGAAGUCUGUUUCUUCUACAUUAUUUCUUCAUCCUAAUAGGCUUCAUCAGUGCCCAGACCGGAAUCAUCAUUAAAAAUGAGGAAACCAUCCAUGCUUUUCCCGGUGAUGAUGUGACUCUUAUGUGCCGUAUCCUGAAAGGAAAGAAAAUCCAUAUAACACAAACUCAGUGGUCGAAAGUUGCUGACGGUCCAUCAAGAAGGCUAGCUGUUUAUAACCCUCAGUAUGGUACACAGUAUGGUGAAAUGGAUUCUGGCUACUCUGUAAGCUACCGCAAAGGCUCCCACAAUUGCUUGGAGGGCUUCAGCAGGAAUGCCAUCCACAGCGUUGCUACAGAAAAUGACAACAAAUGCUACGAGUGGAUUUUACACUUGACAAAUGUUAGCCUUGAGCAAUCUGGCUUUUAUAAGUGCAUCUUUACUGCAUUUCCAACUGGACCAAGCAGCUCAAAAAUCAAUCUUACCAUUAAGAAGAGGGUGGAAGAUAGCAAGAGUUUUGUGGUUGAAGCAUUACUAAACCAGACACUGGAAAUUCCAUGCUUUAAAGAUAUGCCUUUUGUAAAUGGCACUUUGAAAUGGCUACUGAAACAAAAUGGAAAUGAAGAGAUGCUCAAAAAUGAACAGCCCUACCACCAUCGUGGGUCUACACCCAGUGUCACAAUAGACAGGGAAAGAAUUCAUCUGAAUUCAGAAAAUUCCUUAAUUAUUUCACCUGUAUCAGUUCUUGAUGAUGGCAAGAUGUUUGUCUGCUCUGCUGCCCAUCACACUGGAAGAAUCCUGAAGAACACCACUGAAAUCAAAGUAUUUGCAAAACCAGAAAUUUCAAUUGCUCUCAUCACCAGUGUCCAAGGAGAAGGUAAUUUUACCUGCAUGGUAAGGAAGGCAUUUCCCAAGCCAAACCUUUUAUGGUUCAUAAAUGGAGAGAUCCUGAAGGACAGCUCUGAAGGAAUAUUCAUUGUUAAUGAAGAUGCAAAACUUUCAGGAGGUUUUUAUGAGAUGAGAUCACUGUUGACAGUGCAGAAUGCAACCAUUCAUCUGGCUUUCAAAUGCAUGUCUGUCUAUCCAGUCCCUAGAAGUGAAACACAGAAUAUUUCAUCUGAAGAAAUAGUUCUCCCUUAUGGUGAGUAUCAGACAACAUCUUUGGCAUUCUCGGAAUUCAUAACACAAGCAACUGCCAUUUCAGAUUCCUCUGAAGAAAGAUUGCAGACUAUGACUUCAGAAACUUCAGCCUCCAUUAGUCAAGUUCCUUCAGUUUCAGAUUCCUCCAGAGAAAAACCCAGGCUUUCUACUAAAAGCCUACAAGAUAACACCAUGGCUGGACUUUCGAAUUACUCCACGGUACAGCAAAAACUGCAAGCUUCUUCUACAGCCACCCCAGAAACCUCUAUCCGUAUCACCCACCUCUAUGAAAGAACAACACCAUCACAUUCAAAUCAGUCAACAAAAGGGGUGACUAAAGUGACCACACUGACUGUUCAUGAUAAUUCACCUACUGGAAUGAGUUCGUUUAAUGAUACUGGACUUGGUACUGAAACUAAUCCAAAACAUAUUCAGUUCCCUUGGCCAGCGAUUGUAGCAGCGCUGCUUUUCUUUUGCACAUUAUUAAUCAUUAUGGGAGUCAGAAAAUGGUGUCAAUAUCAAAAGGAAAUCAUGAACAGACCACCCUCUUUCAAGCCACCUCCACCUCCAGCUAAGUACAUCUCUGUGCAAGAUUCCGACAGAAUUCUACCAUCCUACAGUGAAUUAGAAAGCCUGUAAUGAGCCUGGAGUGUUCAGUGACUCUGCUCCAUACAGAAACUGCAUGACUUUUACAAGGGAUUGCAAGAGGUCAAAGGCAGUAGUUUACACUUUUAGCCUUGCAUUGAGCUAGUAGCAUGAACUUCUUAAGGGCAACUUCCCUAGGACAAUUUUUCCUCCACAGUUAGUUGUCAUUGUGAAAUUAGACAUAAUUGUAAGUUACAAGUGCUCAGCCUGAGUUGUGUCAUCAGUAAGGAAUGAACGGUGCUCAUCUAUCAUAAACAUGAAACCCUUUGUCUCUUAGAUGGUAUGAUGAGGUGUAUGAUGUUCGCAGUUACUCUAAGAAUAUAUUUUCCUACCUUAACCCUAGCAUUAUUCCUAUAUGACCAAUUUCUCUAUUUUCAAGGAUGUCUAAAUCAAAGUGUUUGAUGAUAAAUGUUAUUCCAGCAAAGCUCUACGAAAAGAUGGGUGUACUUGUGGUCCCUGUUUCACCAGCUGCUGUUGGGUCCAUUUUUUCACAGCCGUGAUCUGGUUCUUCCACCUCACAUGCAGAAUCUCAUCAUAGAUUCAACCUUCUCUGGCCAGAAAAAAAGGUGCAAUAAGACAUGAGCAGAGUGAAAUGACUCCUGGAAUGGUGACUGGUGUGCAACAAAAAGUAGAGGGAGACAAGGCCUACACAUGUUAUCCUCAUCAAUUCUAAUUUAUCUGCAUUCAGUAAGUAGGGGUGGAGGAGGACUUCAUCCAAAGGCUCAGAAAUACAGUGACAAUAUACUAGACAAACCCUGAAAUCAGAAUACAUUGCCAAAUUGUUUGCAUAUCUCCUUAUGUCUAAGCUUUCUUGGGAUGCUGAAAUGAUACUUUAACAAAACGAAGUAGGUAAUGAUGGAUGUCUAUUUUCCUCAAGCCACUAUUUGCCACAUGGUGUGAAAAAUAUAAAAUGAUACUUUUAACUUUCUGGAGGGAAUGCAUCUUUGGCUAUUGUAGCAAAAACAAUACAGAGUUUUGUUGCGCCUUAAAGUCUAAGAAGUUUAUUAUGGCUUAAGUUUAGAUGAGCUAAGUUCUUCUUAGUUGGGAAAUUUUUAUUACUCUUUCAUAUACUUUUAAUUUAUUGUCUUGUGCUGUUUUAAUAGUAUUUAUUUUAUACUUCUACUUCAUUUUUUAUAAACUGCCUUGAGUAUAAUUUGAAAGGUGGUCCAGAAUAUUAGAAGGAAAAAAAUAUAGUUGUGUAGUGACCUGUUACCACCAGAAGGUGGCUCUUUAGUUUAAAAUAUUCUCUUGCUAGGAAAUUGUUUCAUAUAUUAUAUAUAGCCAUAACCCAGAGGAUAAACUGCUAAAUUCCUGAUAUACAUUUUUAAUGAUCUAUGUAAACAGAACUAUGUGUGUUGAGUAUCCAAACUGGGCUUAUUCUCUUUAAAGGUUUUUUUUAAUAUUCAUAUGUAUUUAGACCAAACAUGAGCAAUAUCCACACCUUUUCUGAAGUUAGAAUACAAAUAAAACUAUUGUCAAAUGUUUUCCAAAUAUGAUUGAUGAACCUCAUGUUGUUGAA